AUGACUGAAUUUGACUCAAUCGUCUAUUUGGACUUAGAUACAGUCGUUCUUGGAGAUAUUGCGCAUUUGCACGAGCUUGUCGCCGAACCAUCUCGCACAAGAUUUGAAUUUGCCGCUGUUGCUGAUAACUCGCAUGGUAAAUUUGCCUAUCAUUUCAAUGCGGGAGUGCUUGUCAUACAUCCAUCAAUUGCUGUCUUCAACGAACUCAUAAGAACAAUGAGUUUACCAGGUAACUAUGAUUCGACAAUGGCUGAACAAGCAUUUUUAAAUGCCUUCUUCCAACUUCGUUACUUGCAGCUGCCACUCAUUUACAAUGUAAACUUAGCCAUGUAUAGUGCCUACCCUGACCUUUGGAUACGAAUGCAGGAAGACUUCAGGGUUGUUCACUUUACAGUUGUGAAGCCAUUUCUCAAUCAAAACGAUAAAGCAUACGAUCUGCCUUUGAAACUCUACAGUGCCGCUUGGGAUGAGUACAUUAAAAGUGAUUCUUCCAAUCAAAUAAAAAUAAAAUGUGGUUAACAUUUUUGUAAUUGCGAAAUAAGGUUUUGUUUGCAUAAAAUACUGAAAAGUUUUUACACGAGAAUUACCAUGAUCGUACUUAAUUGAGACAUCAGAUUUGCAUGACAUCUGUUCUGUUUUAUAGAAAGUAUAUAUCAGCUAUAAAACUUUUCGAGUUAUUGAAUGUAUAUCCGUUAAGAUGUUGAAAUCGUUUUGAUACAAUACUAGAUGACAAUAUAACAACAGCUGUUUUUUUAAUCUUUUUUAUAAUGCGGGCUGUGGGUGUCGGUGUGGAUGUAAAUGAAGAUGAUUAACCAACACCCACAUCCACACCCACUCACACCCACACCCACACCCACACCGACACCCACACCCACACCCACACCCUACACCCCACACCCACACCAAACCCACACCCACGCCCACGCCCACCCACACCCACACCCACACCCACACCCACACCCACACCCA